UUGCUUCUUCUCAACUCCAGCAGGCUGUAUACUGCCGACCUGCGCUGCUCAAGGAACAAGUCGCCGCCGCCUUCCAUCAGAUUGGCAAGCUAAUAGCUGCCGUCUAUCAUUGCAAGGGUACCUCUCCUCCUUGCAGUCGCCCUAUCCUGCAAUUGCGCUUGACUCUGCUGUCUUCAAGCUCGAACCGAUCCCUGCAACGGUGAUCGGUUGUCUCAUCACAGCGGCUCGCACCCCUUUCUACCUCUUCUCAAGUUCCGCCUCAUUGAUUCUCUGGUCAUUGGCAGCCAAUCUGUUCCUGGCGUAGACGGCGCCAUGUCCGUUCUACAACCGUCCGUUCCUCCUUCGCCCACCAGCCAUGAUGAAUCGGAGGUUCGAGACCAUAUCCUCCUCAUGAGGCAGGCCAAGCAGCGCCAACAGCUUGCGGCACUGACCGAAGCCCUCGCCUUAGAUCAACUCACCAGCGGCAGCUCUCAGUCUUCCGCAUCCUCUCCAGCCUCGACCUCAGUCCCUCCUCAAACGCAGUCUAGAUUCGGAAAGGGCCGUGGUCUUGAGCAAAUCGGCGAGGAAGAUCCUCGUCUCCUCUCUUGGUACGCUGCAUCGACUGAGGCUGAAAGCGAUUCUGAGGCGGAUCAGCCUUCCAAAUCGGACGAGGACCGUGCAGGGUCUAGGAAGGGUCAUAGUCGGGAUGACAGCACGAGUGGUGAGGAGAAUGCUGUACUGGGUCAACAGACAAUAGCUGCUCUUCUGAGCUCGUCGCCGGUCCUGCCAACCCGAGCGCUAAAAGUCCCUGCUUCGGAUCUCACCUCAGCGGACUCGGCAUACAAAAGGAACAGUGCGGGUAGCGCAGGGAGUAGCGGCGAGUCGAGGAGAACCCAUGCGUCUCUGUCUCACAGUCCGGCAACCUCAUUCUCUGAAGGACGUCGGAGUGAUUCUCGGUCGUCCUCUCGUGCAUCCUUCACCCCGAUAACCUCUCCAAAGGGACCACCACCACGAGAUCCUUUGCCCGCUCUGCCCAGCAACGGCAUGACUCGCCAGGGCUCGUACCCAGGCCCCAAUGCUACGCCUAUGACUUUCCCGAGGAGACGCAGCGAUGCCUCCCCGUCCACGCUGCAAGUGCCUCUUCCUUUGGACCCUCCUCUUCCGCCUCCCUCUGGACCUCUGCCAGACUUGCCGGAAGGCGGCUCUCGUUCUCGACCCACUUCGUGGCAAAGGCCGUCUUCGACGACUCCUGUGCCCGCCAGGUCAUUAUCGGGCGACUCUCCUACUUCUUCACGACAGUCCUUUAUUUCCGCAAGAUCCGGUACCGACGGUCGCAGAUCCUCCAUCACCAGCGCGUUGGGUCAGUACUGGCCCUCGUCACCUGCUUCGCAAUUGUCGUCAUUUUCAACCGCUGACGAUGGAGCCAUCAGGAGGUCCACAGACAGCAGCAACUGGACAGCUGGGCUUAGCGGCCCUGAGGAUCCUGAGCUCACGGAUCGCGUAUCGGCCAGUAGGCUUCAGGACAUUCUAGAUGCGGCCGAGGUCAGAAGGCGUGACAUUGCCAGGAGAUCCCUGGGUGGAUCCAGUAUCCAAGUCGGCUUUGAAGAUGUAGCUGGUGCAGAGGACCAGACAGCGGACGCGUGGGCCUCUGGAACAUCUCUGGCAGGGCCCGACACAGAGAAGGCUCUUCAAGCUACAGGUCAAGAGACAUCAGCCACAGCGCUCACACAGACCUCUUACAAGACGGACUUGCAGAGGCAAUUGUCUAAUUCGCGGAUCGUCUCGAUGUAUGAGACGCCGCCGGAUACACCGGACGAACAAGAUCCUUCCCGUCAGCAGACGCCUACACCACCGGUACAGUCAGGUUCAAAUAACAAGGCCGUCAAUCAGUCAAUGGUUGAGGACGAAGAGGAUGUGGAUAGUGAUGACACUAUCUCAGGCAUCGAUGUAAGCGGAGAUGGUCCGCGCCGAAAAAUGCAGAGGAGAAGAGGAAAGUCAACUAGCAGAACCUCUUUCGACUAUGAUGCUCAGAGGGCUUCCGCUCCCUCUCUGCGCAAGGGCAAGGGUAUGCAAGCGAGAACGGCAAGCGGCGGGCACAGAGCCGGCCUUGCUCCUCCCUCAACCCCGCCUGCUACAAAUGGUGAGGAAGGCAACCCGUUCGCAUUCUACGCGUUCAGUCCCGACCUCCCUCCGUUCGUCCCUCAAGGCCUCCGACCCCUUGACCUGACUGGGCGAGGAACCUGGACGAGUAUUGCCGCUCGGGCCGGUGCGAUGACAUCCCCUGGAAGCGCAGCCCUUUCACGGGCUUCCAGCUAUGCAUCCACAGUCACAGCCGGUCAGAGAAGUAGCUACACAAGUCAGAACAAUAGCCCCGUCUCGAUGAGGCAAUUGGCUGCUGAGGCACGCUUGAAACAGCAACAAGCGGAUGAGUACAGAGACCAACAGGCCGCUUUGCUGGCAGGAAAGUCGUGGAAGCCUUUCGACAUCAUCGCUCACGCUACUGAGCACGGGCUUUCGUCCGCCUCAAGUUCGGCAACGCCAUCACUCUACAGCAACUCUGGAGCGCCGGAUGCAAGCCCGAGGUCGCACUUGUCCGCGUUGAGUGCUCCCUUCCCCAAUGGGCUUGCUCCGCCGAUCCUCAGUAGCUCAGAGGGGAUUGCCUACCACUUCGAUCCGUAUGCUCAUCUGCGCAGGGAUUCUCAUGCUAAGACAGAGGCGUCGGUCGGCAUGGACGAUGAUGAGGACUUUGCCUCAUUCAUAGCAAAGCGCAAGUCGGUAAAGCAAUACCGCGAAUUCUCCCAGCAGACUAGCCCUCCGCCCUCGCCAGGGCCGAGCAGAAAUGGUGUCUUGGCCGAAGCAGGGGUUGGAACAGAUGCUGAGGGAGAUGUUCCUGCCGAGCUAGACGCAGGCGGCGUGGGCACCGAUCAGCGAAGAAGCAGGAAGUCCGCUGCCUUGACGAAUGGCAUUCGCGACAUUGAUUCGUACUACUCCUCUUCGGAAGAUGAGGUUCCGAUAGAAUCUCGUACAUCAGCGAAGAGACGCUCGCAGCGUACGUCGGAUCAUCGACGCCGAAGAACAACUUCGGGACAGAGUGGCAAGGGCCGUAGUGUGCUCAUCGAAGAUAAUGACAUGUCGUGGCCGAAGCCGGUGAGGACCCCGCGUCUGUCUUCAAGAAGGAGCAACAUCUUCACCACGCCUGUGCGAAUCCCAAGCUCAGCCGCUUCACACAGAAGCUCGUCUCUCUCCCUGAGGGACGAUGCGAGCCAGGCCGAUGUACACCAGCUGGAGGAAGAAGAUGGAUCCUCGGACGAGUCAGACCUGGACCUGAAGACGCCAAUCACGGAGUUGGCCGCUCGCACUGGAGCAUUUGAUGCAACUGUACAGAAUCGAGGUGCCAAGAGGAAGGCGGCUGUCGAAGUGCAGCUGCCAGUAGACAAGACUGUGCCUGUAGCGGAGGACAGGCCUAUUGCAGGGACCACUAGGGUGAUGAGUCACACUUCUCCUCGCAGAGUUGUCUCCAGCCCUGUCAAAGCCUCGCCGAUGAGAAAAGCUGAGCGAGGUGAAGCGAACCUGCUGCAGAGUAUGGCGGCGCUCUCAGUCGCUCCAGCUACCAGGCCAGUAGGCUUGGGCAGACGAGCAGCUUCUUUCGAUACUGCCUCUUCGCGCUCGGCAAGUCCUGACCUCGACGAGAGCUUCGCAGCAGACGUGAAUAGCGACGACGACAAUGUGUCGCUGAUGUUGUCUGAGGUGGACUUCCCUUAUGCUACCAACGCACCCUCGCCUCGAUCAGACAGAUUUGACGUACGUACCCCGCCUGCUUCGCCAGCAGUGAGAGACCCCAAUGGUACACCGCGAAUUGGCUCAGUCCGGGUCAAGAGCAUUGCAAGUUCGAUCUUUGGAUCAGUGGAUACUCCUCCCCGGCCUUACGACAGCAAGUCUGAUGACGAGAGUGUGAUUGUCGACAAGCCUACGACCCCUGGACACAGGCCAGUAUCGAUGGCUCUAGGAGAUUCGCACAAUGCCGUCAUUGAGGGAGCUCCUUCCGAAGCUGGAUCCUCUUCUGGUCGCGUCAGCGCCACAACGAAUACAACGUCUCGCUCGACAGACGGUUCGCCUCCUAGCAGUGGAGACGAUGCUCACGAGAACAAGGCUAGGUUCAGUAUGGCUACAACUCUUUCCUCAUCAUACACCGAGGAGGCGACCACUCCUCCUCCUGGUGCGGCUCGAGCAGUCAGUACUGGGAUGUCGGGUCACAGUGACGAUGGUGACUUCUUCAGCUCCGCUCAUGAUCCAGCUCGUCAGCCCACUACGCCAAAGCAAGGGCCUCAACCGAUGUUGUCACCGGGUAGCCCGGGAUCGUCGUUGGGUCGACGCUCUGUGGAGCCCUUUGACCGUGUCUUGAAUGCUCGAUCGCCGUUGUCCAUGCUGCUGGACUCUGGACAUCGAUCGUCUGUCUCGAGAUCCUCUUCAAUUGGAUCACGAAGCCCAGCUGGCCCAAAUGCCCUUCGCAAAGGACCAAUGGCUUCUCCCUUGGCGGAUCGUGGACUGCCAGGAGGUGGCCUCCGCAAGUCUGCCUCGUUCGCAUGCGCUAUCCCUCCCUCUCGUUUGUCCAGUGAUCAGCACAGGCCAACAGGGCAGACGUUGGCAGGCGCUCCCGCUGCAAGGGUCGUAUCGCAGCCGAGAGUCAGCGCACCGCCAAGCGCCAGCGGCAUUCCUCGCUAUUCGGCUCCUACAGCGGCCCCUCCUCUCCAGAUGUCAGCCACCUCGAGCCCAGUCUCUGGGAUUCCUCGCCUCUCCUCUGUCAAAUCCCAAGAUCCCUCGAAAUUGAGUCCUGGGCUAAGCAGAAAGAGCAGCGGCGUCUCUGUUCGCUCUGGCAACGGGACUGUCAAGCUUGUGCCUGCCAUUAUCCCAUCCUCAUCGCUGCCUCGCAAAGCGACGAGUCCGUCGGGCAGUACUAGCACACUAAGCUCACCGGUAUCGCCAGCUUCUACAAUUGUACCGAUGCGAGCGACAUCCACGUCACCUGUGUCUCCCCCGACUACUAUGGUUUCUCGCAUCCCGCGCCCAUCCGUGGUCUCAGCAGGAGGUGCGGGCAAUGGAAUUCCUGCUCGAAAGAGGUGAGCAGCUACUAGUAGGGAGAUGAGACGUUGUGUCGAGGUGGCAGGUCCAUCCUUUUCUCCUCCGUUGGGUAUUAGAUUGUCACCAUAUUUGUAUUGUAUCCACCGGUCUUUUUCAGACUGGCAACUUGUCCCUCACUUAUAUAAGCUGUUUAUUUACCCAUAGUCUGUUCACUGUCGUUGUCGUGACGUUCGAAUGGGCGUCGUGCGGUGUCUAAGGGACUGUCAGUCUUGAGGCUACUUGCCCCGCCUUGGGCGCCUCGCGCAUUGGCCCAUGCUUCUGCUCCGCUCGCUCGGCCUUCAUCUCAUCUCC